AUGAGUAUUAAUAUAUUAUCAUAUAUUAAGGGUGCAUUCUUAUUAUUUUUUAUAAUUAAGUGUAAAAUCUGAUACAUAUAAAUGAAAUGCUUGAUUAAAAGGUUUCAAUGAUAUCCCUUUGUGAAAGCCAUUAAUGA